AUGCUGAUUUCACAGCUUCUACAUGACUUGAGAUGUCUAUUUCCCAGGAGCCUUGGGGAGAGCACCUCACAGUUGGGCGUCAAAGGGUUGGAUGCCCUCUUGGAGGUCUUCAUGCCUUCCCUCUUUGCUGCUCAGGCUCAGACUCAACAUGUGGAACGAGAUACGUAUCGAGAGCAGCAGAGUGAACAUGAGGUACAGCACAUGCAGGCGGAUGUCGAGGAUAACCAGAAUGCUUCACCCGGAGAUCGCGGGCUUCCUACGGCAUCUCACACAAAGCGAAUCGAUCCGGUUAUAGAGAUCUCCAGCGCAUCUUCAGCAGCCGGCAAGUCUCACUUGCUGUAUUAUCUCACUGCAAUUGCCAUCCUGCCAUCGACGAUCAGCGGGAUCCGAGUUGAUGGUCGGGCCUCGGCCGUCGUCUUUAUUGAUGCAGAUGGCCGCUUUGACGCUGAACGACUUCGAACUGUUGCCUGUGGGCUCAUAGACAGAAAGCUCAAGGCGCAUUCUGGUACAGGGUCCAGAGAGACACCGGAGGGACAGAUACAUCCGCCACUACUUACUACUGAAGAGUUGGAAUCCAUUAUCGUGGCCUCCCUACAACACGUCCAUGUGUUUCGUCCACAGUCAUCGUCUUCUUUACUCUCAACGUUGAAAAGUCUGCAGGCAUACCUGCUCGACAUUUCGCGUCAUUACUCCUCUCACAGGCCACUGCACGCUAUUCUCAUCGACAGUGCCACUGCCUUCUUGUGGCAAGAUAAACUACGGGACGAUGUCGCCCGCACAGAGAACAUUGGACGCCCUGUCGCCGAGAUCGAGCACGAGCGAAAUCAGAAGCGGAUAUUCUUUCUGUCCGAUAUCUAUGCGGAACUAGUACUGACGUUGAAGAACCUACAGCGACAUUUCGGCUGUAUAGUCGCCUACACUUGUAACACAUUGAACAGCAGAUCGGUAACUGGCUAUCAGAGCCACAGCCAGUCAACGCAACAACCCUCUGGCCCUUUCGACCUGUACAACCCUUCAAAUCUAACGGCGACCAGUAUGCCCUCUUUUCGUUGCCCACUGCCUGCCCCAUGGGGCACUUUCGCGACGCUACGGCUUGUGGUUCGGCGAGACGCGGUGCGUCCUUUUCCGCCGAUGAUGACUGUCCGGGAUGCUCAGCGGGAUGCAAUCAUGCGACAGAAUGUGGUUUUGGAAGGUAGAUUCUUGGGCUGGGUGAAUGAAUGGGAACGCGAGGAAUGGCCUCGGAGAAUUGUGGACGGAUUGAAAGAGAGAAAUGGGGGCGUGUUCUCGUUUCAUGUAGGCAGGGGCGGCGUUGCAUUCGCCUGA